CCAAAUCGUCUUGUGGAUGUAAGCUGAAAACAAUAGUUUUUCCCCCAGUUUUAAUUAGAUCCUUGAGUUGCAGAUUCGUACAGAAGCUCGUACUGUUGUGAAGUGACUGGAUGGGCAGUUGUCCUCGCCUUCCAAUCUAAUCCAAGGCACUCAGAUUAAUGAGAGAGAGAGUAGUCUUGGCUAUGUGGGGAGAAGGUAAUCUUUGGUAAAUAGUUGAAGGGUUUUUUGGGUGAUGAGGAGACCAUUGAAUGUGUUACAGCAUGUGAUGAGGAGACCAUUGAAUGUGUUACAGCAUGUUAUGGUCUUUAAUUGCAACUGGGUUUUUAGAGGGGUUUAAGAGUGUUAAGUAAGAAAAAGGCACAGAGAAGAAGAUGAGAAAGCAAAAAACAUGGUCUUUCUCAACUACACAGAUCCCUAUGGAAUGCAGGAGCGCUACACACCAUCGCUUGCUGGAACUCAUUCUUUUUGUUUAAGUUUAAACUUUAAAGGGACUUGUUUUGUUCUCUUCAGCUAGCGAGCGAGCGUGAGAGAGAGAGAGAGAGAGAGAGAGGAGCGCAUAGAUUCAAGAGUUGUUUGCAUGGACCCGAUGGAUGAUACAUUUCUUCCAUGAGUUCUGCAGCUAGAAAACAAAAGGCCCAGUUUUCAUAUGGAGGGAAGCAAGAGAUUUCGGAAUGAUUAGUUUAUUUGCCUGCCAAUGAUUGGGUUUCCUUGCUGCAAGAGGUCCUGUUAAGAAUCUGAGAGAAAAAAGAAGAGAAAGAGAGAGACAAGGAGAUGAAGUCCAUGAAUAAUAAUAACAGCAACAACAAUAACUGGUUGGGUUUCUCUCUCUCACCCCACAUGAACAUGGAGGUUGCUUCAGAUCCUCAUCAUCAUCAACAACAACAUAAUAAUCAGACACAGGCUUCCUCUGCAGUUGUUUCUACUGCAGUUCCGACAAGCUUCUUUCUCUCUCCUCAUUUAAACAACUCAGGCAUCUGUUAUGGGGUUGAAGGAGAAAAUGGUGCACUCUACUCUCAUUUGUCUGUAAUGCCACUGAAGUCUGAUGGGUCUCUAUGCAUCAUGGAAGCUCUCAGCAGAUCACAACCAGAAGCGAUGGUGCCAACUUCAUCCCCAAAGCUAGAGGACUUCUUAGGUGGUGCAACCAUGGCAACCCAUCAAUAUGGAAGUAAUAACAGGGAAACCAUGCCUCUCAGCUUAGAUAGCAUGUAUUACCAGCAAAACGCAGAGUCUGAGAGCAACAGACAACAUUCUUUUCACUUUCUUCAACAACCUUUUAGACAGCAACAACAGCAGAUUGAAGUUCAACAAAACCCAUAUUUCUGUGGGCUAACCGGCCACGAGAUGUACCAGGCGGCAAUGGAGGAGCCCAAGGAAACCCAGCUAGCAGAAUGCAGUCUCCAGCUCCCUCCUAUGGCAGAGGAUGGGAUCCCGGGCCUAAAGAGCUGGGUUGCUAGGCACUAUUCCGCGAACCAUGCAUUGGAGCAGAAGAUGACUGAUAGCAUGGAUGAUGAUGGAGGGUCUGGGUCUAUUGGUGCGGUGGGCUAUGGGGAUUUACAGUCUUUGAGUUUGUCCAUGAGCCCCGGUUCACAAUCUAGCUGUGUUACAGCUCCACAGCAGAUCUCACCAACUGGUACUGAGUGUGUGGGCAUGGAAACAAAGAAGAGAGGAUCUGCAAAGGUGGGUCAGAAGCAACCUGUUCAUAGGAAGUCCAUUGACACAUUUGGGCAGAGAACGUCGCAGUAUAGAGGUGUUACAAGGCAUAGAUGGACCGGUAGGUAUGAAGCCCAUCUAUGGGAUAAUAGUUGCAAGAAGGAAGGGCAGACCAGGAAAGGAAGGCAAGUUUAUCUGGGUGGUUAUGACAUGGAGGAGAAAGCGGCAAGGGCUUAUGACCUGGCGGCGCUCAAGUAUUGGGGACCUUCCACUCAUAUCAACUUCCCUUUGGAAAAUUACCGGGAAGAACUUGAGGAAAUGAAAAACAUGAGCAGGCAAGAAUAUGUUGCUCACUUGAGAAGGAAAAGCAGUGGAUUCUCUAGGGGAGCAUCAAUGUACCGUGGAGUAACAAGGCAUCAUCAACACGGAAGAUGGCAAGCUCGGAUUGGGAGGGUAGCAGGAAACAAAGAUCUUUAUCUUGGAACCUUCAGUACCCAAGAGGAAGCAGCCGAAGCCUAUGAUAUCGCUGCAAUCAAGUUUCGUGGGGUGAAUGCUGUCACCAAUUUCGAUAUAUCAAGAUACGACGUGGAAAGGAUCGUAGCAAGUAAUACUCUUCUUGCCGGAGAACUUGCGAGGCGUAACAAGGUGAUUGAAUCCAAAAAUGAGGCUGUUGAUCACCAAGCUUGCGUCCAGAAUAGCAACGGCGAAGCAGGUCUAUCAGAGGCGGAAAGUGGGAGUGGAUCGGAGUGGAAGAUGGUCCUCUAUCAGGGCUCACCCCAGCAACCAACGGCAUGCGUUGAGCCUAUUGAUCAAAAACCCAUGAACAUUGGAAAUUACAGGAACCCAUCAUUCUCCUCAGCCACCCUGCAUGAUCUAAUUGGGAUCGAGACGGGGAACACACCCCAAGGAGUGGAUGACUCGGCCAAGCUGGGGACCCACUUGUCAAAUGCGUCCUCCUUGGUGACUACCUUGAGCAGUUCGAGAGAAGGCAGUCCUGAUAAGACUGGCCUCGCUGUGCUCUUUGCAAAGCCACCCUCAGCCUCUUCCAAGUUCAUCAAUGCAACUCCUGUGAACUCAUGGAUCCCAUCAGCUCAGCUGAGGCCCGCCAUCGGCAUGUCUCAUAUGCCAGUAUUUGCUGCUUGGACUGAUACCUGAGAGCCUCUGUUUGUUUGGUUAACUCGUAAAAGUCGUUGCAUGGGGG